GGACCUACAACUAUCGCACAAACCAAGUUUGCUUUACGCAAUGUCUGACAUAUUUACUCGGUUCGGAACACCACUGGGUCACCCAGUGCAGCGAGAUCCGAGCGAGUACGCUUUUACAGAAAUCAUCACCUUCGAAUUUGCCCAGCCAGUUGACCUGGGGAAUGAAGCAACACCAGUCGGCCAGAUCUGGGCGAAAAUGAUACAAACAUACUCCACUCAAGAAAGCGUAAAGAUGCUAUGGUGGGGUCGGCGGGUGGAAAUGCCUCAAGUCGAAUUACCUCAAGUAAUCAAGCUAAUUAUCGAUUGGAAAUCAUCUGAUAACCGGAAGCACUUUCUUGCCUCCCCAGGGUUCACCAACCUCUAUAAACAGUGGCAGUCAUGCCCCGCCCCCUUCCAAUCUAGCUCCCCAUCACUUUUCGCCCUUACGUCCAGCGCGCAAAGCCGCGAGAACGCCUUCGCGCUUCCUCCCACUAGAAAUCCCCACCGACUCGGCCCCUACAUUUCCGUAUUCGUAACCUUCCAUUUCUCUCCUACCUUUGAUUUUUCCAAGAUUCAUAUUCUAGAUACGUAUAUCCCCUCACGCACUAAGCAGAAGGUAUGGGAAGGUGCAUGGGUCUCCUUCCGCCAAAUUGCACUGAAAAGCGAGGGGGGCAUUAUCUCGAGCGGGAAUGCUGAUGGGUGGGGCGUGGAUGAGAAGUCAUUUAUUGGGGUGUUUAGAUUUAUGAAUUUGGAGACGGCACAGAAAUUCUUUGCUGAGGCGCAGGAUGAUAAUCCGGAACAGAUACCGGGCUUGGGUGGAUUGCAGAGGCUGCAGAAACUCGCGGAUGGGGAGGUUUCGUGGGAUAUUGAGUUUGUGAGAAUGGUGUGUAAGAUGCCUGCGGAUCCAGUUGUUAAAAAUGAUGGGCCUUUGUUUCCUGGGCUUUUUAGUAAGUAGAUAUGGCGAGGACUCUUCCCUGAGAAUGGGAUAUGGAGCCUACUUAUACUCAACUCACUACUUAAUGAGUAUCUGCGUAAGUAACUUUAGUAGUUUGAGUAUUCCUUUGACACACUGGGAAGAGAGACCUAGAGCUUUUUGUAUUUCCACUUCCUCCAG